GGCGGUGCCACUCGAACAGAACAGAAGUGAAAUUGGUUUGUAGAAACCAUGCAAGUGAUAUCUGUGCAGUUUUGUUUGUUAAGUUGUUUAGUGUUUACCCAUGCACACCAUGGUGAAGAGCAUAAAGAACCAGCAGUGAACAGAAAAGCGGUGGAAAAUCCACGCGUGUCUCCGUUAGGCAGUGGAGUACAUCACUUUGUAGAUGUUUCGCCCAAUUUGCUUGCAGUCAAAGAAUCGGGUGCAAGUCCCAUCACGGUCGCCACAAGUUUGCACGAUGACAGUCCAAACAAUUUCCCUCCUAACUCGAAAUGGCCAAUUCCUCAGGCCGCUAUUGACGUCCAAAAUUACCUGAACCAAACAGCCAACAAUAUCACAAAGCCUGUCCAGAGUUCGCUAGCCACUCUUACGUUUCCGUCCCUCUCACUCAGUGAUCCUCAAAGUGGGCAAUCUGUGGUACCAAGCAAACCCAACCAACUGUCAAUAAUACAGCAGGUUUUGAGUAAUUUUCAGGGAAAUAACAGCACUAUUGCAUCUUUCUUUCAAAUACCGUCGAGUACCACUACUGAACCUGCGCCACAAACAAACAGCAGUUCUGUGAUGAACGAUCCACCGCCAAACCCGGUGGCAGAACUUGUAACUGCCUCCCAGAACACUUUCAGCAACGCCACUAAUGCAGCGCAGCAAAUCACUAAUCAGUUAGGCGUGAACAUUCAGAAUGGAUUGUUCGGAUCGCUAGGAAAUCGGCCAAGCAAUGACGAGCCUACAUCCGGCUCUUCCGCCAACGGUUCGUCAAAUCCUAUACAAAGUCUCAUCGAUAAUACUCAGGCAUCGUGGAACAAUGUCACGGGAGCGGCACAGAAUCUUGCUGGACAGUUCGGUGCUAACGUACAAAACGGAAUUUCAAACAUUUUUGGCAUCAAUCUCAAUCGACCCAGUAACGACGAACCAGUGGUUCAAUCGACAGAACCUGGUGCUACGACUGAGGAAGCUACUUCCACCACAGCUAGCAGUGAGACAUCGACCGGUACGUCAGAGACCACGUCCUCCACUGAAACAACCACUACAGAAAGUCCUAAAACUACAUCCACCACAGCCCGUGUGCCCGCCAUAUAUUUCCCACUGGUAAACCUUGUAAACAAAACUCAAUCGUUGUUCAACAGUUCUACAUUGGUCCAAACUGUUACUAGCCAACUGGGCACAAAUGUUCAAUCUGCAUUCCCAACACUUUUCAUUCCCCGGCCUGCCCUUAAAACCGAAUCAAACGUAAAUGAGUUACGCGACGUGAAUGAUGCGCAACUAGUUAACGCAUCUGCACAAAAUGUUCCUCCUCCAGUGCCACCAGCUUGUCCGACGUGCACCAGUGCAUGUGCGUUUAAACCAUUCCAUGGACAACGUAUUGUUGCAGGUUCAAAUGUGUCACCUCACAAUAAAUACCCCUGGAUUGCGUUGCUAACUUACCUGGAUAGCCCCUCCGGUCAGGGGUCUUUGAUCAACGAUCGUACUAUUGUAACAACCGCUACCAUCGUGGAGAGCAUGCCAGUCAUCGUGCAUAUACGCGCACUGCUGGGAGUGUACAAUCGUACUGAUGCAAGCGAAUCAAUUACUUCUAACGAAAUAAGCACUGCCCUUGUUCAUCCCGGCUACAAAACCACGAAUCAAUUUGCUGACAACAUUGGGCUACUGAUUCUAAAGGAUCCGUUAACCAGUUUCCAACCCAUUUGCUUGCCCGUUGCAACCCCAGAAUCUCUCCCCGCCCCUAAAGCUACCGUCGUUGGAUGGGGUGCUAGUUAUCCAAAUGGACCGUUAGCCGAAGUUCUCCAGGAAACCGAGCUUCAAAUGCAUGCCCCUUCAAUAUGCCAGACAGUUUCAUCGCAAGUAUCUUCAAACAAUCUAUGCGGAGAGUCAUCACAGUUAAUCCCGAACGCUGCCAAUACAUGCACGGGCGAUGGCGGUGAUGCAUUAGUAUUGAAGAAUGGUACAUCUUGGGAAUUGAUCGGUGUCGCUCUUGAUAUUGCCGAAUUCGAAUGUGGCAAAUCUCGCCAGCCCGCUAUGUUUACUAGCGUUGCACAUUACCUGGAAUGGAUAGCUACAUAUGGACCCGGUUGUUUGUGCCAUAAAGGAUAAUUUUAUCGUGUAGUCGAGAGUAUUGUUUACUCAAAAAUUGUUUUUUAUUAAACAAACGAUAAUACUACUUGUGCCAGCUCUUAUUAAGAAGCGGCUGAAUUAUGUAACAUUUGAGAAAAAAAUAAAGAUUUCCAAUAAUUUUGCUCGAAACAUUGCAAAAUAUCAUAAAACUGCUACGAUAUGUUGAUUCAUAAUCUGGACAGCCUCAAAAUUCCUAUUCUAAUCUUCAAAUUUACACAUGCACCUAUUAAGUUUUUAACUUAUUUUAAGUCUUAACACUUGA